GUAGCCUUGAUGGUGGGUCCGACUUUUAGUUGGUAUCUAUCAUAGGCGCAUGCCACGUCCGGAUCUCGUAGUGUUAUACGGGGCGGGGUGUGUCAGUUUGGUAUCAGAGCAUGCAUUAGAGUUCAUGGGUUUGCAUUGUACAUGCAUACAUUCUGAUGUUUAGCAUAUCAUGCAUAACUGUAGGUGAGUCAUGCCUCGUGGUGGCAAAACUCGAAGGCUCCAAGAUAUGUUGCCCCAGUCUCAAAUUGCUCCUGAUAGAGAUGAAUUGAGAGAGCUCGAGAGAGUAGAUGAAUCAGUUCACCAGCCUCCUGAACAACGAGGACAGGGAAAUGUGAUUGGAACUGAUCCUAUUGCUGUUGAAAGAAUUGCUAUUGCCGUUGCAUCUGCUAUGCGUAACUCCGACAGAGAUUUUAGUAUUGAAAGGGCUACAAAGUUAGGGGCUAAAGUGUUCACUGGCACAGCUGAUCCUGCAGUUGCACAGGCAUGGAUGACUAAGAUAGAGAGAGUAUUUGAUGUUAUGGGUUGCUCAGACGAUAGGAAGUUGUGUCUCGCCACUUUCUUAUUAGAGGAAGGUGCAUACGAUUGGUGGCAGUCGGUACAGAGCACAUAUCUAGACCCUUCCAUCAUCACUUGGACAGAAUUCAGACGUAUCUUUUAUGAUGUCUAUUACCCUCGGUCAUAUAAAGAUGCAAAGCAGGAGGAAUUUUUGAAACUAGUACAAGGGCAGAUGACAGUUGCAGAAUAUCAGGUGAGAUUUAUUGAACUUUCAAAGUAUGCCCAAGUUCUGGUAAGCAACGAAAUUGAUAAAUGUAGACGAUUUGAAAAUGGGUUAAGGGAAGAAAUCCGAUCAGUAGUAACAGCUGCAGGCUGGAAUGUAUUUGGCAAAUUGGUGGAAUCAGCUUUGAGAGUGGAAAAGAGCAUUUCUGAUAGGCCAAGUGGUAGAGAACAAACAAUGUUCAGAGCAAGCGAUAGUCAGACAAUGGCAAGUGUUUCUAGCUAUAGACCACCACGGAGAGACAGUAGAGGAUUUCGUCCUGGUGUGUCCAGUUCAAGUCAAUUCAAAUCUCGAUCACGAGGAAGUCAGGGCCCUAGAUUCAGUCCCAGUACUGUACAGCAGCCAGUGGCCAGUCGUACUUAUACUCAGGGUUCUUCCCAGAGAUUAUUUACUCCGAGACAGGGCGAGAGUUUUACUAGUACUAGACUACCUUAUUGUCAAUUAUGUACAAGACCUCAUCUCGGCACGUGUUUAAAGUUCAAAGAAAGCGGAGUCUGUUAUCAUUGUGGUCAAGGCCGACAUAUCAGAAGAAAUUGUCCAGUUCUAUCACAGGAGAGUGGUAUGGUACCGAAGAUAUUUCCUCAGCAGAGUGUUGGUAGUACAAGACAGAAUCAGACUCAGAGAGAUGAUUCAGUUAAUAGAACAGGUGCAAACAGUGUGGCCCAGUCUAAUUUCGCAAGUGGUAGUGGUACAAAAUCAAAAGGGCAGGCAGGACGACCGAAGACCCAGGGUAAAGUUUUUGCUAUGACUCAGCAGGCGGCAGAGGAGUCUCCAGAUGUUAUCAUGGGCGGCGAUACGGAUAUCAGGACAGCAUAUCAAUCGAAUUGAUUUUGGCAUACAUAGUUCUGUGAGUGGAAAAAUAUAAAUAUUUUUAAAGUAUUUAUAAAUUAAGUUUAUUGUUAAAGUAU